AUGACGAUUCCCAGACAGGAGCUUAUGGGUGCCAUUCUCUCAAGCCGUUUAGCUCAAAGUCUUCUGAAAGUCCUGACUGUCGAUCGAGUGAUCUUUUGGACUGACUCCGAGAAUGUGUGGUAUUGGGUACGAAACCACAGCCGGCAGUUUAAACGCUUCGUAGCCAACCGUAUCGCAGAAGUUCAACGGACGACGAGUCCCGAGCAAUGGAAGCAUGCACCUGGGAUACAGAAUCCAGCAGAUCUAGCGACCCGAAGACAAUCUGCUAUGGAACUAGCCAAAAGCACAUUUUGGUUGGAAAGACCAUCGUUCUUGAAAGAUUUCGAGAUCUCGGGGCCAUCAGCGCCUUCCGUUAGAGAGGAGAUGAAAGUUGAAGAUAUUGAAAAGACAGUGGCACAGACGUACAUGGUCCAGGCGCGCGUUGACCUGGGCGUUGAUCCAAACUAUUUUUCUACCUUCCGUCGCCUUUGUUGUGUGACUGGAUGGGUUCAACGAUUCGUUACAAACUGCAGACUUGCAUGGGAAUUACGAAAACGAGACAGAACGCUUUGUUCAACUGAAAUACUUGAUGUGGAAAAGUGA